CGCGUCGGUCUCUUUGAUCUUCGCUGUUUCUAAAGCGCGACUGUUUGUUUCUUUCAAGUCGCGCGGAUCGUCACAGCAUAAAGAACUUUUCCUCUCUCGCGCGAGUCUCAAACGCUCUUCUGAGUGUCGAAAACAGCGACGACAACAAUCAAAAGUACAUUAAUAAAGUUCGCGUGAAUAUGCCGCAGCUGAACGGUGGAGGGGGAGAUGAUCUCGGGGCGAAUGAUGAGAUGAUCGCGUUUAAAGAUGAAGAGGAUCACGAGAAGAUCCGCGAGAGCGCGUUCACGGAGAGCGACCUGGCUGAUCUCAAAUCAUCUCUGGUCAAUGAAUCCGAGAUCAGCCAGAACUCAAACUCUGCUGUGAUCAGAAGAGGACAGCAGGAAGAUCAGAGGAUCUACACCGAUAAACGAGAACAUCUGGACAACGUGCCCAAACAUCAAGAUGGUGGGAUGUAUAAAGCAUCUUAUUCUGGAUACCCGUUCCUGAUGCUGCCCGAGCCGUAUCUCCCGAACGGACCCGUCUCUCCAUCUUCCAACAAAGUGUCGGUGGUCCAGCAGGGGAUGCAUCCUCUGACGCCGCUGCUUCCCUACGAUCACUUCAACCCCAGUCCUCCACACAUCCCCACAGACGUCAGCCAGAAACCAGGUGUUCACAGACAUCAGUCGCAGGAAAUCUCCGGCUUCUACUCGCUUCCUCAAGGCCAGAUCACUCCGUCCAUGAACUGGCCCAAUCAGCCUGUCUAUCCUCUGCCCUCCUGCGGCUUCAGACAGUCCUUCUCCUCCAGCCUCCAGAGCAGCUCGUCCUUCCCCAGGUUCUCUCAUUCUCUGAUGCUUCAGUCCGGCAUGCACCCCACAGGCAUCCCACACCCCGCGAUAGUGCCUUCCUCCGGCAAACAGGAGCACGACCAGUUCGACAGGAACAUGUACACCAAAUCUCAUGCAGAGAUGAAGCGCGAGAAGGAGCCCAAGAAGCCGGUGAUCAAGAAGCCGCUGAACGCGUUCAUGCUCUACAUGAAGGAGAUGAGGGCCAAAGUCAUCGCUGAGUGCACGCUGAAGGAGAGCGCCGCCAUCAACCAGAUCCUGGGACGACGGUGGCACGCUCUGACCCGCGAGGAACAGGCCAAGUACUAUGAACUAGCGCGGAAGGAGCGACAGCUUCACAUGCAGCUUUAUCCCAGCUGGUCGGCCCGCGACAACUACGGCAAGAAGAAGCGGAGGAAACGAGACAAGCCGCAGGACUCAGGCACAGACCCCGGCUCACCAAAGAAAUGCCGCGCUCUCUUCGGCCUCCAGCAUCAGACGGACUGGUGCGGUCCCUGCAGGAGGAAAAAGAAGUGCAUUCGCUACCUUCAAAGAGGACGCUGCACCAGCCCCCAUUCUUCCGAUGGAAGUGCUAUAGACUCCUCCCCUUCACCUGUCAAUCACCUGCCAAACCCCGCCUCCCCCACCAGCAGUCCCCUCCCACAGAGCGUCAAACGCCCCGCCCACCCGCCCAGACUCUCGCUCGACUUCAGCAGAAUUAAAACAGAGAGCCACAAUAACCCAGACUGAUCACGACGGAGACCGAUCUCACCUUCUUCAAGUUCUCUUCAC